CCUUGUCUGUCAUAUGCGAAGCAGAAGGGAAGAUCGAUAAAUCCUUCGGGAGACACAAACUGAAUAAAAUUGUCACUUUUCUGAUAGAGGAAAACCCUCCUAAUUUAAAUAAAUGAAAUCCUUGCCUACUAUCAGCCAGCUCUGUUAAUGCUAAAGGUAGAGGCGGUAUUCGGUCUCUGCUAGCCGUUAUCACGUCGCUAUCUGAGUCUCCAAACACACCGCCUUUGUGGCGAUGAGCACGGAAUUACUAUCGGAGUUGGACAGCCGAUUCUUCGCUGAUAACCUUCUGACCAGCGAAGACUGGGAUGCCUGCCUGUACCAGUGUGACAGCAUGGAGGAGGGAGAGGACGCGGACCUCAGCCGAGGGUUGAAAUACGACACGUCGUUCGACAAUGACCUUGUGCUCACCCUCGAUCCUGACAACCCCACAUCACCAUGGCGACACAGUGACGAAAACCUGCUCACAGGCGACACGCCGGUGAUAAAAAAUGAAAUGACGAUCACUCAGCCGUUACCAGUGGAAAUGUUGUUCCAGGUGAAAGCAGAGCCUCUCUCUCCGGCAUCUUCACUCGGCUCCGACUGCUCCGUAUCGUCACCAGACCCACAGAUCACAGUUAAGGGCGAAAACCCUCCGACUCCUCCGUACAUGUAUGGAGACGUGCUGUCUCCUCCGCUGGGAUCCAUGGAGGUAACCGUGGCAACAACGGCCGUGCCCCCACCGCAGACGCCGUUACCUGCUCUGACACAGACGCAGCUACAGACGCCGUUAACGACACCGAUUCCUGCAGUCAUCAGUGGAUUACAGACACAGGCUGCAGUCCUGCCAAGUUCAGCCACAUUAAAGGCCAGCACCAUCAUGAACACAAAACCUCCCAUUCAGCCCAGACCUGUGUGUGUCACCACCCUACCUGUCCCUCAGACCCCGGCACCAGCCAAGACCCUCAUACUGCAGGGCCUCCCCUCCAUGGACCAGACCAGACCUGUCGUCCUGUCUCAGUCCGUCUGCCUCGGCUCGGCUCCGGCCAUCGUCAAAAUGGAGCCGGUCUCUCCCAGCAUCCCCCAGCACUGUUCCAGCCCCACAGCCCCACCCACCAGCAAACCCAUCGUCCCGGCGACCACGACUUUACCCGGCAACAACUCCAGUGAUAUCGACAUGAAGGUGUUGAAGCGGCAGCAGAGGAUGAUAAAGAACCGAGAGUCGGCCUGCCAGUCGAGGAAGAAGAAGAAGGAGUACCUGCAGAACCUGGAGGCUCAGCUCAGGGAGGCUCAGCAGGAGAACGAACGACUCCGCAGGGAGAACCAGGCGCUGAGGGAGAGACUGGCUGGGAAAGAGGGCAGUGACUCUGCGAGUAACAAGAGGGCCGUUUGUGUCAUGGCCGUUCUGCUCUUCAUGACCUUCAGCUUCGGACCCGUCAGCAUCACAGACAAGAAGCUGUCGACGGGUCUACAGGACAGCGUGAUGUCGUACACAGGACGACGGCUGCUGGAGAUCGAACAACAACAGCAACAGCAACAGCAACAGCCGGUGGCUGCUCAGCCUCCAAGCAGAGUGGAGGACAAGACGGAGACGGAGGAGGACGGAGGAGAGGCAGAGAGAUACGCUCCAGAGUCGUAUCACUUCAGGAACCUGAGUGACGUCUUCAGCGACAUGAAGGACCUGGUUCUCCAGGACAUCGAUCGUUACUUCUCCUCCUCCGACUGCAGACAGUUCAACCGCUCUGAGUCCCUCAGGCUGGCAGACGAGCUGAGAGGUUGGGUUCACCGACACCAGAUCGACAGGAAGAAAUCUGGAGGAAAACCAAAGAUCGCCAAGAAGGCCAAAAUCGCCCAGAAAGCUCAGCUGAGGAAGACAAACUUCUCCAGAUAUCUGCCCAUUCAGGCUCAUCGCUCCAUAGAGAGUCAGCUGCAGGUGCUUCCCGGUCCGGAGGUCACGUACAGCGACUUCCUGGAUGCCAUCGACCGCAGGGAGGACACGUUCUACGUCGUCUCUUUCAGACGGGACCACCUGCUGCUACCAGCCAUCAGCCACAAUAAGACCAGCAGACCCAAAAUGUCUCUGGUGAUGCCGGCCAUGUCCGUCAACGAGAGUCUGUAUAACUCCUCUCAGGGCUACGAGAUGAUGAUGCAGGUCGACUGUGAGGUCAUGGACACCCGAAUCGUCCCCAUCAAGUCCUCCGCUGUCCCGCCAUCCCUCCGCGACCCUCCCCCACCUCCCCCCUCCUCCCACCACAACCCUCACCACCACCACCAUCACCAUGGCAACCACACCUCGCUCCGAGGACGACACCAGCAUCACCCAUCCUCUUCCUCCUCACCGUCCUCCUCCGCCUCCUCCCAGUCUCCGAGGCAACCUUUACCCGCCCGCCGACGGACAGCUGAAUAUUUCAUCAGCCAAUCAGAAGGGGUGUGAGGAGAUGUUGCGAUGGAAAAUAGAAAAACAUGGAGAAUAGUCUGAAAGGAACAUCCAAACCUUCUGAUCAUCCCUGCAGCAGGUUUCCCCUCCUCCUUUUCUGGACAAACCUUCAUGAGACACAUCGAGGGAUUAAAUCAGCCAUUACUGUUUCAACACAGCUGUUACUGUCACUAAAAUCAAAGUCCUCUUUCAGAUUCUGGGCUUGAAAAUAAAAAUAAAAGCCUCUUUAGAAGAUAAUGCCCUAAUAUAUAAAAAAAUAUUUCUAAAAGUUAGAUGCAGACACAGCAGCACACUGCACUUAGAAAUAGUGCUGCAUUUUAAUAUUUAAAUAUGAAAAUGUACAGUUGAAGUGUAGAGUGGGAGGUUCGUGUGGGUGCUGAGGUUAAAGUUGGUUUGUUUCUGUCGCAGCGCUCAGUGUUGUCUGACAGGGAGCGCUGCAGGGCUGCACAGUUACACUUUCUGAUUUUCACAGGACACAUACAAAAACCUCUUCUCUGUCCUCAGAGAUUCACAGAUCAGCAAUAAAAUACUUUAUAUAUCACAAGCAAAAAUCGCUAGGUGCAAUGAAACAGAUGUGACUGCGCAGCCCCCGGCAGGACAGACACUCCACACUACUGAUGCUCUCACUCUGUGGUUUCCGUGGAGAUUGUAUAUUUGUGUUACUUGUAAUCAGACUGCACAUACAGAGAACGUGUAGUCCCGAUGUUUGUUUGAUAUCAGAGCUGACGGCCAACGUGUGAAGUGGGAUCCUGAUGUGAGCGGACGAACCAGACAGAUGUUAGAUCUCUGUCUCUGCGUCAAAAAUAUAUCAGCUGAUAUUCAUUUUUAACAUAAAAUCACACACUCAAGUAGUUUUGAUUUGGGUUCUUAGGAACAGAAGCACAGAUGUUUUCAAACUGUGAGGCUCCUCAUUAUCUGUGAUGUCUGUUGUCAGCCAACCAGAAAUCCACUUAUCAUCAUCAGUAACCACUUCACAGUAUCACUGAGAUCCUUCUUCACGUGGCGUCUGUCGGAUUCAUCCGUGUUUCUUUUUUUAAUAGAGAAAUCAUGUUCUUGUUUUGAAUGGGGAUUAUUUAAUAGCUGUAAAAUAUGAGUGUUCUCUCUGUAGAUAUUUUGUUUGUUUUUUGUCACUUUUUAUAAUUUUUUGUUUGUUUGUUUUUUGGCAACAAAAAGUAAAAGAAAAAGGAAAAAAAAAAUCCUCAUGAAGCUCGCAGUGAAAAAAAUAAUAAUAAUGCAUUUUCCGUUUAUUGGACCAACCACCUUCAGUCAGUCAUUCAUUCUGUUUGAACUCAGGAUUUUCUGUCCUGGUACUAUAUAUUUAUGGAAAUAUAAAAAUGUAGAUUUUUUUUUAUUGUACAGAAUUAACUUGUAGGAAGCUUCAGUUCCUCCUAAAAAAUAAAAGAGAAAAAAAUGAUUUCUUCCAAAAUAAGACACGAUUAUUGAGCCUCUUUGACCGGACUGAAUUCUUUUAUUUUGAAAAUGAAGUUUAUAUAAAAUGUCUCAAAUCUGAAUCUGAACACAUUUUUUUUUUUUUUCUUUUGACCAAAAAUAUUUUUUUGUCACAAAAACUUUUGUUUUCGUUUCCUGUCUUUGUGUUUCUGCCACUGUGUGUGUGUGUGUGUGUGUGUGUGUGGGUGUGGCCGAGUUUCAGCAGCAUAACUGUUUACUGGAAAUGUAGAAACUCCUGUGGCUCUGGAGGGAGCUCUCUAAAUUGAUGAUUCCCCGAACUCGUGCAGACGUGAUACUAAAUUGUUGGAAUGCCCCUUUAAGAUUUCUGGAAUUUAAUUCAACAAAACAAAAAACACAAAGACUGACAAUCAAAGAGCAAAAACUUUUUAAUGUUCACAUUAUUGGUAUUUAGUAAAAAAAGCUACCUGAAUGCAAAUAGAAAUCAAAGAUUCAGUAAGAGAAAGGUAUAAUUUCUUAUGAUUAGGUAUAAUUAUGCUUUUUUUCUUUCUUGACACGAGUUUGCAGUUUUACAGGAACAUGGAAACAAUCUGAACAUCCGACAAGAAAGCUAAGGUGGAAAAAAUAAAACAUGUCGAACCUUUCUUUAACUGCAGAGCAUUUUGCCAAUUUGAAAUCGGCUCCAAAACGUCCACUGCCUGUUGAAACCCAGUCGUACUCCUGAAACAAGCUGAAGAGUGUUUGUUUGUUAUUUGUGUGUGAAGCCGUUGGUCGUGUGUGUCGCGCUGCACUGCUGCUCCUCAUGUCUGGAAAAAGAGAAAAAUGAUGCUACCUUUUUUUUAUUAUUCUUUUUUUUAUACUGAAUGAAUUUGUUACUUUUGUGUAAAGAAAUGCAAAGAUGAAAAAAAAAAAGUGGGUAUGAAGUUAAUGUGGAGUUUUGGAAACAACUGAAUCAUGUUCUCAUGAAAAUAUUGUUGAAAAAAAAAAAAGAAUGUUUUGAGCAAUAACAGUAAUAAGCUGACGCGACGAAGGUUUUCAAUUUUUUUGUAUUUGGAAAUUGAACUUAAAUACUUUGAGGAUGAACUGGGGAAGUUCUGGGAGUUGUUGCUGAAUUCAGGUCUCUAAUAUUUUAAUAAUCAAUUAUUUUCAUGAUUAUUUUCUCGAUUGAGCGUCCGACUAAUUGUUUGUCUAUAAAAGAGAAAAAAAAAAAAAUUUCCAUCACAAUUUCCCAAGUCUUUCAUGUCUUGAUUUGUUUGUCCAAAACCCAAAUAUCUUCAGUUUAAUAUCAUAAAAGACAAAAAAAAAUUACGUUUUAAAAAGCGAAACAAGUGAAUUGUGUGUCUUUCUUUUUGCUUGAAAAUCACUGGAAUUUAUUAUCAAAAUUGUAUUAAAAAAACUAAAUGAAUGAAUUUUCUGUCAAUCAACCAAUCAUUGCAGCUCUAACGUAUUUUCAUUAUUAAUUCAAGAGUCCAAGGACUCAUCUUAAAAUCUCUUGUUUCUUCUUGCAACAGUCAAAAACACAAACAUGGACAAUGAAUUGAUCAUGAAAAUAGUGGCUGAUUAAUUUUCCGUUCAUCAAUUAAUAGUUUUAGAUCAAUAUCAGGUACUUAAAGAUUUUUCUAAUCAUCUCUCUCCAUAUGUAAAAUCAUAAUUGUGUUGAUUGUAAAUUGGCAGUGUUUUAAAACUAAACCAAAACAAUUCAAAUUUGACUUGAAGUUAAUUUUUCCUUUGAUUAAAUUUCAGAUACAGUUUAAGAACGGCCGACCUGAUCAAUCAGAUUUCAGUCUCCAGCUUUAACACGUUUGUUUGUUGUUGUGUUUUUUUUUUAUUUACACAGCUGAGUGUGACAGCAUGCCAUGUCUCUGGGGUAACCAUGAAAUGUAAAUAUGAUUCAUACACUGCUUUUGUCAUUGUUUUUUGGUUUGUUUUUUAUAUAAAUGGAUUUAAAAAAUAAGAAAUGUGUAAAUAGGUCUCUGUAAUUCCUUUCUGAUGAGACGAGCUGUUUGAACUGCUGCCUUUUAUGUUUGUAGGGGACGGAAGAGUUGAAUUUGAUAAAGAUAAUAAACUAAAACCAAGCGCU